GAGGCACUGAGAAACAAACACAGGAGCAUCCGUUCAGCUGAUCGCAUUAGGUCUUCACGCCGCUGCUGCCGCCACUUAGAUAUCUGCCUAUGCAGCCAUCCGUGUGUUCAGACAAAUAUAUAGACAGAUAGAAUGUAAGGGUAGGUCUGGAAACGUCUGUAGCUGCGGAAGGCUGCAGAGCUCUCCCGCGAAGCAGACGUAAAGGAGAGGCUCUGUUUCCCCGAACAGGGGGAGCGUUACGAAACACGAGUGUACCGACUGUGGCUGAGGAUUUUGGCAGCGCAGCGCUGAGGCUGCUUCCAUCCUUCUGUUGGCGCAGGAGGCCAUGGAGCGUUUCUCUCCCGCCAGCCCCUGCACGGUGCAGGACGCCGGUGCCCCGGCCCGGUGAGCCGCAGGGACGCCGGUGAGGGACCGCGACGGACUUUGCCUGGCUACAACAGCAGUUCCUCGACCAUAAAAGAAAGGUUUCAGCAUCGGCUGUUAGGCAGCUCGGCAGAGCACGGGGAUGGCGUCGCCCCGGGUGCGUGCAGAGCCCCUCGGCCAGCCGGGUGCCUGAGGCUGGCGGCUGUGCCGCCCCAGGCUGCUCUCUCUGCCACAGCCAACCCGGGAGAAGGCUUUUCUUUGGCAGAAGGCACCGAAGUGAUGGGCUGAACUUAUGGGAGGAACCAGCACCCGGCCAGGUGGAGAUUCAGGGGCCCGUUGGGAGGCGUGAAGGGCCCAGUUUCAGUAAGGGCAUGGCCAAAGCUUUCUUCAGGCUACAGAAGUUUCUCCGUCGGACCCAGUUUCUGCUCUUCUUCCUCACAGCAGCUUACCUGAUGGCUGGCAGCCUCCUGCUGCUACAGCGGACACGCUUGGUUAUCCAGCAAGGUUCACGUGGGACCUCUGCUAAUCAGGCCCUGCCAGUGCCGGAUGGGAUGGCUGGGGUUGGGAUCAUAGACCCCAGGAUGCUGCAAAACCCCCGCCCCGGUCCCAGGCUGUUGGUGGGCAUGGACGCGCUGCAGGAGCCGGCCCUGGACCAGCGGCACAGCCCGCGGUGGCUCGUGUCCCGCAACUCCGAGCUCAGGCAGUUGAGAAGAAGGUGGUUUCACAGGUUCAUCAGUGAUCAGGAGCCCGUGCAAACAGUGGGAUUUAAAGCAAUGAAGCACACUGCUGAACACAAAGGCACCUACAUGGGAUGCUUCAGCGAUGAUUCCAGGGAGAAGACACUGAAGGGAGCUGUGUUUUAUGACUUAAGAAAAAUGACAGUAUCUCACUGUCAGGAAGCUUGCGCUGAGAGGGCUUACACCUACGCGGGCCUGGCGUACGGAGCAGAGUGCUACUGUGGGAACAAGCUCCCAGCGACCGCCUCGAAGCCUGAGGAGUGCAACAGCGAGUGCAAGGGGGAAAAGGGCUCUGUCUGCGGAGGGGUGAACCGGCUGUCUGUCUACAGGGUGGAGGAGCUGCGAGCAGGAGCGAGACGACGGAGGAAUGUUAUCUAUCGAGGAUGUUUUAGAGCUCCAGAAAAUUUAACAGACACCUUUCCAGCCUCUUUGAUACAGCCCAAUUUGACGGUGGAGAUGUGCUCUGAAUUUUGCUCCAAGAAAGAGUUUCCCUUGGCAGUCAUCCGAGGGCGGGAGUGCUACUGCGGCUACCCCACCGGGCGCUUCUCGCUGCAUGACAGCGCAGACGGGCUGCUCUGCAGCGGGAUGCACAAUGCCAGCAGCACUGCCGACGGAAAAUACUGCCUUGUCUAUCAGACGCCGGUGCAAGACACCCGCUGCACGGACAGGAAAUUCUUAACCACCAAAUCCAAAGGGUUCGUUGCUUUGUCGAGCUUUCCUGGGGCUGGGAAUACAUGGGCUCGCCAUUUGAUAGAGCAUGCUACAGGAUACUACACGGGAAGCUAUUACUUUGAUGGAGCUCUCUACAACAAAGGUUUUAAAGGAGAAAAAGACCACUGGAGAAGUAGAAGGACCAUCUGUGUGAAAACACAUGAAAGCGGCAAGACAGAGAUUGAAAUGUUUGACUCGGCGAUCCUGUUGAUAAGGAACCCGUACAAGUCGCUGAUGGCGGAGUUCAACAGGAAAUACGCCGGGCACCUGGGCUACGCCACCGACCGCAACUGGAAGAGCAAAGAGUGGCCCGAUUUCGUGAACAGCUAUGCCUCCUGGUGGGCCUCCCACGUCCUGGACUGGCUGAAGUACGGGAAGCACCUGCUUGUCAUCCACUAUGAGGACCUGAAGCACAGCCUCAUCCCCAAGCUGAAGGAAAUGGUGGAGUUUCUGAAUAUGACAGUGACAGAGGACCGACUGCUCUGCGUCGAGAACAACAGGGAUGGGAAUUUCAAGCGGUCUGGUGCUAAGCAAAAGGAUUUUGAGCCAUUCACCCAGGAAAUGAAAGAUCUUAUCAACAGAUACAUCCUGACAGUGGAUGAAGCCCUGAGGGGAAGAAACUUCACAGGGCUGCCCAGAGAGUAUGUGCCAAGAUGAUAGCCUGGUAACACUCUGCUGUGUUUAAAAAAUAUUUUUUUCUAAAAAAAAGAAAAGAGGGGAAAAAAAGAAAAAAGAAAAAAAAAAGACCAGAGCUUUAUAGCAGUUAAAGCAAAGAUACUGUGGAGUCUGCUGAGCAGUGCAAAUUCUCUCCACUCUUGGGUGUUCUUCAGGGCACUAAAUGCUCCAGAAGGCAAGUAAUGAAGGAUGGAAAUUGGGUUAUAAACCAAGGCAAAGGCUAUUAGCGUCCACCUGCGUGUGCCCCUCCCUGCACAACUGGCUCAGAACUUCACAGCAGAGCACCCCUGCUUCUGCGGCGGGCAUCCUGCCUUCUCACCCUCACUGCCAUCACAGACCUGCCAGGGGCUGCCUGGGCCUUCACAGCAACUGUGUUGGAAAUGCACAUACGUAAAAAGGGAAAGGAACAAAAAAACCCACCUUAACACUGAUCAACAAUUUUCAUCUGGGCAUUUAAGAGAAUCAGUUGCUUUCUUAAUUUGCUGGUUAGGUCAUCCACCACAGCAGUGUCAGAGGUGCAGGGGGAGAAAAGCACCAGUGGGCAAAGGAGUCCUGAUGCUGGGUAGAGAGGUGCCCAGGCUCCCCUGCAGGAACGGCAUGGGCCUGGGCCAUGUGAGCUCCACAGCAUCCCCCAUGAUGAGAUGCAUGGCUGGGGACAUGUAGGAGAAAGCAGAAAUUCAGCAUGGCUGGAGGUGGAAAUGCCUGGGUGUCACCAGACCCAAACCAACCCAAGACCUGGCCCCAGGGGCAAAGAGAAGGCUCUAGAGGGGUGGGAGAGGAGGGGCUGCCACCUAUGUGAGGGGCUCUGCACAGGUUUCUGAAGAGUCACUGUGGGUCCUGGGAGACGCUGGGACCAAAUGUCACUGCACUGAGUGCGCUUGGUGCUAGAGGUGGCCACAGCCAGGCAGCACUGACAUGAGCCCCAGCCCUGCCAGCUCCAGCAUGGGCAAGAUCCCACCUCUCCUCCCAUCCCUGGAGGAAGACCUGGGCAGUCCAACCUGAAAAACAUUAAGCUGCUUAUCGCUGCUCUCCAGAGCCACCCCAGCUGCAACGCGUGUUUUAUUUCUAACUCACUGCAGUUCCCUGCGGUUUGUUUCAUCCCGCGCUGGGCCAUGUGUGCUGUGCGGAAGGAGUGUGGUGCGAUGCAGGGGCGGCCGGCCUCGUGGUCCUGCCCAUGGGCAGGAGCUGCCGGAGCAGCUCGGAGAGGGCUAAAGCGCACAGCCCAAGGGGCUGCCCUGCUGCAAGAUGUUUUUGUUCAUGUGAAAUAAAGGAUUCCUUAAAAACUUGAGUGAAAAUACUAGUUUUAAUAAAACAAGACGUUUAUAUAAAGGGAGCUGGA